UUACUUUCCUUUUUUUCCAAAUCAAAGAAAGAAAAUACUCCACCUUCAAUGGCUUAAAAAUCAUGAUUUUUACAAAUUAAACGUUACAAUAACACAAAAAAUAAAUAGAAUAUUCUCCACCAAAAACAAAUUGCAAAAGGUUUUUUAUAGUCAAAGAGUCCUACAACACACUUUUAGGUUCGGGAUAAUAAUAAUAAUAAUAAUUUAAUAAACCCUAAUUUUUCCCCCCUUUUCUUACUUCUUCUUCCUCCACCACUCAAAUUCUUUCUUAUCUUCCUCCUCCUAUAAAAUCCCAAACACCCUCUUAUCUUUUCUUGCUCAUUUCAGAUUUUCCCCUUUCUUCUCUUUUCUGGGUAUCCAUUAAUUUAUAAUCUCUUCUUCCCGAUUUUGUGCUUCACAAAAUAUUAUCUAAUUUGAUUGAUAAAAAAAUAAUCAAAUUUGAUUCUUUGAAUUUGCAUUCACAUUGUAAUUCAAUCUACAUUUAUAAUGGCAAUUCCCUGCACACAUUUCAUAUCCUCUGAAAAAGCAGCAAUGGAAAACGGGUUUUUAUUAGGUUCACCCAAUUCAAUCUCAUCACCCCGGGUUUUAACCCAGGACGAAUUGAAGAAAAUCGCAGCAUACAAAGCAGUUGAGUAUGUCGAAUCGGGUAUGGUAAUCGGGUUAGGAACCGGGUCAACAGCAAAACACGCAGUUAACCGAAUUGGUGAAUUGCUUCAACAAGGUAAACUUACUGGAAUCAUUGGAAUACCCACUUCAAAGAUGACCCAUGAACAAGCUGUUUCAUGUGGUAUCCCUUUAUCAGAUCUAGACUCAUACCCUGUUAUCGAUCUCGCAAUCGAUGGUGCUGAUGAAGUUGACCCGUUCAUGAAUUUGGUUAAGGGUAGAGGUGGGUCCCUUUUAAGGGAGAAGAUGAUUGAGAGUGCUUGCAAGAAGUUCAUCUGUAUUGUGGAUGAAACUAAGAUGGUUAAGCAUUUGGGUGGAAGUGGGUUAGCUAUGCCUGUUGAAGUUGUGCCCUUUUGUUGGAAAUUCUCUGCUCAAAGGUUGAGAAAUUUGUUUCAGGAUUCUGGGUGUGUUGCAAAACUUAGGGUUUACCCUGAGAGUGGUGAGCCUUUUGUUACUGAUAAUGAAAACUAUAUUAUUGAUUUGUAUUUUCAGAAGGAUAUUGGAGAUCUUGAUGUUGCAAGCGACACAAUUUUGAGGUUGCCUGGUGUUGUUGAGCAUGGUAUGUUUCUUAACAUGGCAACUACUGUUAUUGUGGCUAGUGAGCUUGGGAUUACCGUCAAGAAUAAGUAGAAUUUUAGUGUUUUUAUAUUUACUUUGAUUUAGGUGAAAUUUUGAUGUUAAGUAGGAUGAUAGUAUGAAGAUUAGUCCUUUUUGUUAUAUGUUAUAUGAAACUAAUUUGAUGGUAUCACAUUGUAUUUUUUUGGUAAAUUGAUCAAUGAUUAGCUGCUAUCAGUUCUCACAUAUUGAGCAUUUGGUAAUUGUUAUUAGAUGUUAUCUGAUGGUGGCUGUAUUGCCUGUAUAUUAUUUUAAAUAAGUGGAUUACAGAGACCGCGAAA